AUAUACCACAGGAAGGUAGUAUACAACACAUCACGAGAAAUUGUUUAUGUAUCAUGUAUCAUUCGAAAGGAUUCUUGGCUGGAGGAUAUUAUGCUGUUUGAAAUGUGCAAUGAUAUAGUUGGCGGCAGUAUUUCGUGACGUUCGGUCGUGCGGUUCUCGGUUUGCCUGGCUCUUCUUGGUUUGGCGGUGUGAUGUGCUCUGAGAAUUGAUUCUCUAAUGCUGAUUUAUAUCCUCUUUUGGAUUUGUAGCAACCAACGUUCUGUGCAGUGUGUGUAUCAAACUUCAUCAUUUCAUCAUAGAUGCUGCACUAGCGAAGCAAAAGGAUGAUGUAGUCAACACGCUGCCGGGUUGAGUACGCUUCAGUGCAUGGCGGGAGGAAGUGAGUGAUAUUAGUGGAGUGCCUGUUUGCUCAACACUGUACGAGAUGAGUGUGUCGCUCUGGAACGGCUCAAAUUGAAUGGGGCUUUAUUACCCACUCUUUUGUUUUCCACAUUUGAAUAAGGAUGUAAAGUGAUACAACGACCGUGGUGGCGGUAAAGAUGAGAAAAUAAAAGUGUGAUAAUUUAUAAGCGAAACGACAAGUGUUGUGUACUUGUGGUUGCCACCGGAAUAUGAUGAGUGUUUUGAUACGAUAAGAUAGAAUAUACCUACUCGUAGGAAGCAAAAAUAUUACCGAAUCAAGGAAUACGUUGUGGCAGUAACGUAGAGAAAACCGUUACCAUAAAAGCGGAUAUGGUACAAUCCAUUCAUUCAAUGGAUUAGUUGAGUAUCGAGGAGUUGAGGAAUUGAGGAUUAUUAAAUAAUUAUAUUUAAAAUCUACAGUGGAUAAUAUUUUAAAGAGCCAACAAACAUGAGACUGUUAUUAAUUGUAGGAUUUUAUGCAACUGGAAUUUUUAGUUCUAAAUCAGUCACUCAUGGAUCGACUGGUCGAGAAAUUGUUACUGCAAAUCUACAUAUUCCACAAUUCCUUCAACAACUGCCGUCAAACUUAAUGUUCAGUAACGAUACUGGAAGCUCUCAACUUUCUUGCUCAACAUAUGGCUCAUCGCAAGUGGAAAUAGCGUGGAUUCUGAAAGAUGGAUCUACAGCGACCAAUAUUCAAGGUUUAAGGCAAUCUUUUCCUAAUGGUACUUUAUAUUUCCCACCGUUUCCUGGUCAUUUAUUUCGCACUGAAGUACAUGACACUACCUAUCGAUGUAAAGUAUCGUACCACCAUUUUGUUUUACUUAGCAAAAACGUAAAAGUACGAGCAAUUGUUCGUCAACCAUACGAAAUUUUAAUAGAAAAGACUGAUGUAGUUCUCGGUAGUACAGCAUUUCUUCAAUGCAAUAUUUCGCCACAUGCUCGUGAAUUCGUUCAGGUCUCAGCUUGGUAUCGGGAUAAAGAAAUGCUGAUUCCCGAACGAUCAGAUCUAGGCAUGCGUUACAUUGUGUCAUCCCCAACUGGCGAUUUAUGUAUACGGAAUGUUAACAUUGAUGAUAGACAGAAGCAAUUCUCUUGCGUUUCCACUGAUAUAUUGACGGGAGAAAGAAAAAUAAGCACAUCUGUGUUUUUAUCUAUAAAAGACUAUAUUCCUGAUUCCGCUCCUUUAACAUCUCAAAGAUCAGUAACCGAAAUAACAUCAGAUGUGGGACAAACUGUUCAACUUCCUUGUAACGUACAAGGAAAUCCCCAACCGAUUUUUACAUGGUUUCGAAUUUCUGAUUCAGGUGCACUAUAUACAGUUCCUUCAACGCAACGAAUAAUACCGUCACAGUCAUUGCUAUUCAUACGGAAAACCGACAUCAUGGAUGCAGGAAGAUGGAUAUGCAAGGCGUCUAAUCAAUUUGGAGAACAAAAGCUCCAAAUUCGACUAACAAUCAACUCGGAAUUAUCAGCGCACAUCAAUCCGCAAAUACAAGUGAUCAACACUGGCAGCACAGCAAAAUUUAAUUGCACUAUCGUUGGCUCGGAAAUUGGGAAAAUUGAGUGGUUCCAUAACGGACAGGCUCUGUCCGACAUCGAUCGUAUGGGAAACGAUUUCAAAAGAAUCUCCGUUGCUUCCGGCACUAUUCUUACGAUAGACAAAGUUGAUAAAGAGGAUCGAGGUGUUUACCAGUGCAUUGUAUCUAAUGCUAGAAGUAGUGCGGAAGCAAGUGCUGAACUUAAAAUUGGCGAAACACCUCCGGAGAUUAUAUACAGUUUUGCCGAGCAAAACGUGCAUCCUUCAGCUUUCGUAUCGCUGAAGUGUAUGGCCUCGGGAUCGCCACAUCCUCAGUUCACUUGGAUGCUUGACUACCAGCCAAUACUUUCUUCCGUACAUCGAUACUCAUUCGACCAAUUUAUCGAUGGUAACGGUCACGUAACAACACACUUGAAUAUAACACAUGUAAACGUAGAUGACGGUGGGCUUUAUACCUGCAUUGCUUCAAAUCCCAUGGGAAGUAUAUCCCAGAAAGCACGUCUGAAUGUCUACGGCCCUCCAUAUGUUCGAGCUAUUAGUUCAAUAAAAGCAGUAGCUGGAGAGAGCAAAGAAAUCUUUUGUCCAUUUUCUGGUUAUCCAAUUGAACAUAUUAGAUGGAUGCGUAAUGGAUUGAAUGUUUCAUCGAGUAAGUAUAGCGGAUGGGUGCGUAUAGUUCACCAUUUCAAACAGCUAGCUUUUUUAGAUUCUAGAUUUGCUGUUGCAGAUAUCAACCAUGGUGGAACGUUGAUAAUUCAUCAUGUGGAUCCACUUCAGGACAAAGGAACCUUCACAUGUGUUGUCUCCAGUCCUAAUGGAGAUGAAGCCCGGAGAGAAAUACAGUUGUUGAUAAAUAGCCCACCAGUAAUUGAACCGUUUUCAUUCCCCAAACAAAUUAAAGUCGGUGGUAGAGCUCAACUAACAUGUUCAGUAUCAUCCGGUGACAUACCAAUAUACUUCAGCUGGAAAAAGGACGGAAUGCUCAUUUCACCUGGUUUGCAAGUUACCGAGAUUAAAGAUGAAUUUUUUACUCUGUUGAUAUUGAAAGAAAUUUCUGCAAAGCACAGUGGAAAAUAUACAUGUUUUGCGCUCAACGCUGCAGCUCAAGUGAAUUACACUGCCGAACUGCUGGUUCAUGUUCCCCCAACCUGGAAACGAGAGCCAAAUGACCUGUCUAUAGUUUUAGGAAACACUAUUUCAGUACCUUGUGAGGCAGAUGGAUUCCCACAACCUCGCAUAACAUGGUUAAAAGGCCAAGGCAAGACAUCUGAACAGUUUCAUUCCAUCCCAUCGAAGAAUAAUACUCUUAGUGUGAACUACGCAACUCCUUCAGAUGCUGGUUACUACAUGUGCGAGGCAUCAAAUGGAGUGGGAACAGAUCUCUCCAAAAUCAUUCAUCUGGAUGUGAAUGUUGCAGCUCAUUUUGAUAUACCUGCCAUGAAUAUGUCUUCACGACGGGGUGAUACUGUCACUUUAGAAUGCUUAGCUCUGGGGGAUGACCCUAUUGAUGUAGUAUGGUCGCAUAUGGACUCUCGAAUAGAUUUCAACACGUAUAGGUACAGCAUUGUUCAAAUGAAAGUGGAAAAUGGUGUACGGUCUCAAUUAUCCAUAAGCCAUACGGAACGAUACGAUUCUGGUAAAUACAUUUGUGCAGCUGAUAACUCCUAUGGUUCCAGCGAGCAUGUAAUAUACCUCGCCGUACAGGAAAGGCCUGAUGCACCAUCGGAUUUAGAAGUACUGGAAGUGGGAAGUAGAAGAAUUAGAUUAUCUUGGAAACGGCCUUACGAUGGAAUGUCACCGGUGCUCAGUUACCUUGUUCAGUAUCAACCAUUACGUAUGGUGAAAGAUUAUUUAGGAUCGAAACUGGAUACAUCAUGGGAAAACCAAUCGGUAGUUAACCUAACAUUGUCAAAAAUAAACGAAGUUCAGAAUAUUGAAAGCAGCACGCGCGAUGAGGCAUAUGUUAUAGGACUGCAUCCAGCUACACAGUAUUUAAUGAGAAUGCUGGCGAUUAAUGAGAUUGAGAGUUCAACCUUUACUAAUCCUAUAGUGGUGAAAACACAUGAAGAAGCACCAGCUGAACCUCCUAGUAAUUUAAAAAUAAAACCCGGUGGAAGGGGAGAGCUCAUUGUGACUUGGAAUAUUCCUAACAAAAACUCAUGGAAUGGGGAACUUCUAGGCUAUAUAAUAAGUUGUGUUGAGGAGAAACAAAAUAUCAACUACAUAGAAAAUAACAAUGCAACAAAUUUGACAUUCACUGCAAAUGGUUGGGCUACUACGAAAAUGUCCAUCUCUAGUUUAAAAAAGUUUACCAGAUAUGCUGUAAAAAUACGAACGUUCAACACUAUGUCGGCUGGACCAUGGAGUCCAAUUACUUAUGGUACUACUUUAGAAGAUAUUCCAGAAGCUCCGCCUCAAAAUGUUACCUGCCAAAGCCUAUCCUCUCAAAGCAUUAAAAUCGUCUGGCAGGAGCCACUUCUUCAGUAUCACAACGGCAUAUUGAGAGGAUAUAAAGUGUUGUUUCGGCCACUAGCUAACAAUAAUGAAUUCAUUCUUCCCUACGACAUUAAGAGGACAUCCAAUUUAGAAACAUACUUACAGGCUCUUUUCAAAGCAACGAAUUACUCCAUUCAGGUCCUGAGUUUCACAUUAUCAGGAGAUGGAAUGGCCAGCGCUCCGAUAUACUGUGCCACUGAAGAAGACGUACCUGAUGCACCGUCUGGUAUCAAAGCCCUGACAUUAACUGCCGAUUCAAUUUUAGUUUCUUGGUUGAAGCCACAUCACGCCAAUGGGAUCAUUUCUCAUUAUACUAUUUUCAGCAAAGAAAAUGGCAAAAUUGUACCACCUAAAAGCUACGUUGUGCGUAUAGGUGGAAAAAGUCCGUUGCUUCAAGAAGUGCGAGGAUUAAUAGAAAACCGCAAGUAUGACUUCUGGGUUACAGCAUCCACUUCAAAAGGAGAAGGAGAAGCCACUACUGUGAUAUCACAAACCACCAGUACCAGAGCACCGGCAAAAAUAGCAUCUUUUUCUCAAACAAUCAAAGCGGCCGUUAGAUCCACAAUUUCUUUGGAGUGCAUUGCCGUUGGUAAUCCGACGCCAAGAACACGAUGGAUCACGAACGACCAGCCUGUAACUUUUAGUCCAUACUAUGCAAUUUCCCAAGGAUUUUUAAAAAUUCAUAGUGUGGAAUCCAAUCUCUCCGGAAAUUAUACAUGUUCAGCGAAAAAUCUUUUCGGAGAUGAUGAGAUAUCGUAUACGCUCAUAGUAUUACAAACGCCGAAUAUAACGCUUCUGUCCAAACAAUAUGCUUCUCAUGACAGCAUUGGUAUCAUAUGGGAAAUCGCAAAUGACAGCGGAGCGCCCAUACAGGGCUACAAUCUGUUCUAUAGACCAACAAGCGGAAACUGGAUAAGUAUUCCAAUUUCAUCCGAUCAAAACUCACACAUUUUAAAUGGGCUGAAAUGUGGUUCACAGUAUAUUUUCAAGAUGAAUGCCCAUAACAAAGUUGGUUUAGGACCUUCAACCGAUGAACUUAUUGUUUGGACAAAGGGGAAGGCGCCGCAAAUACCCGAGGAGAAUGAUUUAAUAUCAACUAAUUCUACGUGUCUCAAUUUAAAACUCAGUUCUUGGUAUAAUGGUGGAUGCUCUAUAUCACAUUUUUCCAUCGAGUAUCGUCGAUUGCAUACUCCUUUCUGGACAACAGUUUCUUCUGAUAUAUCAGGGGUAGAACGGGGCAACGAAAACAUUUCAUUCUGUGAUUUCGCACCUGGUACAUGGUAUGAACUAAAGAUUACAUCUAACAAUGAUGCUGGAGAAACAUCGGCACAGUUCAAUUUCGCAACAACUACAUUAGCAGGAGACAAAAUACCGCCACCAGAGUAUCCAACAAUAGCAAUCGACACCGAAGUGAAUACAUCCCAUACGAACGAUGAUUUUCAAUGGAUUCAAACAAGUGUCGCAAUCUUAACCUUGGGUUCGAUGGCAGUCGCAGGGUUUAUUCUAAUUAGAUACAAAAGAAUGUAUUGCUUUGCAAAUACAAGAAACAGCAUAAGUGAGCUAUCUAGCAAUGCAAAUCAGAAGGAUGAAUGCGAAUACGUACGAAACCAGCAAGUGUACAGUUCAUCACCAGUCAAAAUUAUUGACAAGGAAGACAGCUCAGAAAUAUCUCGCGACAGAACACCAUCCUCUAUAGAUUAUUCUCUGCACUUUCGUACAUUUGGGCACCCUGAAAGUGAACUGAAUGCAACUGCAUAUCCUUUACUUGAGUGUACGGGAUUCGGAAAUGCCAAGGAAAAGACGAGCUGGCACAAGAAAACGUAUAGUGCAGGAGAUUCUUCAAUGAACAUGCCCACUAGCUCCGGACAUAAGCAUUCAAGAUACGACGAUAAAUACCACUCAAGAUGUGGGAGUAAAACACCAGCUCCUAGCAACAUGUCGGAGUCGGAUAGCAACAGUCCAGUCAACGAAUUUUCAAGAGCACCUACUUUUAGAAUGCCAGAAAAGUCACCACGAUUUCAAAGUAAUUUAUGAGAAUAAAUGCUGACUAAUCCAUGGAUUAAUCCAAGCAUCACAUUUAAUCACUAUCCGAAAUAAACCCAAACCCCCCACUACGUGUUAUUU